AUGACUCAACCUCCCCCUUCUAAUAAGACCAAAGCCAGAAAGAGAAGAACCUUGGACCCGAAACAUACUCCAAAGUAUGACACUGAAAAAGACGAAGCCUGCACAGGGCUUCCUACACCAAAACAAGCACCACAGAAGGAAAAGAAGGUACCUGACGACGCUUCCAGUCCAAAGAACAUCACAUCUGGCCAGUCUUCCAAGAGAAGGAAGCUUAACGGUCAACUGGAUAGGAUGACUCAUUCUCUCCCUGGACUCGUUCAUGGUCCAGUCGAAGAGACAAAGCAGACUAGUGUCAAUACAAAUGCAUGGCACUAUGCGAAAUCACUGUUAGAGGCCGGCCUUUCUAUCUUUGCUCCCACGAGCGACAUCUUGACGGCCACACAUGAUAACAAACGGCCUACACCUGAACCAGCUGAGAAUCUAUCUUCGCCUUUGUCAAAGCACUUGGGGAGCGCCGUAGUCGGUAGUGAGAAAACUAUAUCAUCAAAGCGGCUUUUGGUUCAGAUCAGAAGCCAUUCUCGUAAUACAGUCACCUCCAUGCCCCAUAUAAAAGAAGAGAUAUUUGACGAUCCAAAUUCCCGUAUCUCGCAGGCUACAAACUCAACUGUUGUCUUGAAUCUUUCUGUGGAGAAGGCCAGGCGCUGGGCUGACGCAAUUGACAUUCCUGACGGUCUCUACAAUGAGGAAGAGAAAGAUCUCUUUUUCCGGCUUGCCAUGCGUGGGUUUGAGCCCCUUAUACCAGACCAGUGGAGGUCUGACUUUCCUACCCUUCCAUAUACCUUGUUUUCCGAUGCAGAGGGCGAUUCAGAGCCAUUGAUUCACACAAUCAAAAGCUCCAGGACGUAUGCAAUCAGAUCUCUCACAGCUUUAUUUUCUCUUGGAGGUCGCGUGAGGGACUGUUGGAUUCUAAAAAAGGGUCCCGAGACCUUGAUCAAAACUACCAUCAACCGAUAUUUUCGCUGGGCCUUGUGCGAUACUGGCAUACAUACAAAGCCAGAUUUAAUCCCCGUACAUGUGAUUUACGCCCAAAAGAAAGGGGAAACCACACUUGAUGCCGUUAAAAAGCUGAACCGGCGCCUACAAGUACUCGCCAGCCGACACCGCGAAGCGUUGAGUGUGGCAGCCCUAGACGGAGGUCAUGGUUCGACUAAUCUUCAGUCCAAUGGGGAAGACGAUGGCUAUUCUGGUCCUUCUCCAAUUAACCCACUUCUCGUUGGAUUUAUCAUAUGUGGUCCUAUCAUUGCAAUCCUAACUCUCGGCACUGACUUUCUAAGCACAACUAAGGAUACGGACAGCAGAUACAUCUGCCAGUUUGACUUGGAAGAUGCAGGACACGAUGUCUGGAACUCACUUGCGGUUGCUAUUGCGGUCAUGAAAAUCCGGGAAACUAUGAUGCAACUCGCAGAUAACGGCGUAGGUGGUUUUGUUAGGCUUCCUUUAGGCACAGAGUCAACACCGGAUGUGGAUAUCUAA